AUGAGUGCUUCUGCCGCAAACAACAAGAGACCAAAGAACACUGCCAUCGAUCUCGUGGCUGGAGGAACAGCAGGUCUGUUCGAGGCCCUUUGCUGCCAUCCUCUUGACACCAUCAAGGUGCGGAUGCAACUGUUCAAGAAGUCGGCUGCGCUCAAGUCCAACAAGCCGCCUGGACUGAUUUCCACGGGUGUCAACAUUGUCCAGAACGAGGGAUUCUUUGCAUUGUACAGAGGACUGGGAGCCGUUUGUAUUGGUAUUGUCCCCAAGAUGGCCAUUCGGUUCUCCUCCUACGAGUUUUACAAGUCGCUGUUUGUUGAUAAGGAAACAGGCAAAGUGUCCACGUCGGGCAACUUUGUCAGCGGAGUGAUGGCUGGUGUGACCGAGGCGGUGCUCGUGGUGAACCCAAUGGAAGUUGUCAAGAUCCGGUUGCAAGCACAGCACAACUCGUUAAAGGACCCGCUGCAGGUUCCAAAGUACAGAUCCGCUCCACAGGCCGCGGUGAUGAUUGUUCGUGAGGAAGGACUCAAGACGUUGUAUCGUGGUGUUUCUCUGACAGCCGCACGUCAGGCCAUCAACCAGGGAGCCAACUUCACAACUUACUCGUUCCUCAAAUCCCAUUUGCAAGACUACCAGAACAUGGAGGUAUUGCCAACAUACCAGACUGCCAUCAUCGGGUUUACCUCAGGAGCUAUUGGACCGUUCUGCAACAACCCGCUAGACACCAUCAAGACCCGUAUGCAGAAAGAAACUGGUAGCAGCAACGAGUCCAACUUUGCGCGCGGAGUCAGAAUCGGAACCAACCUGUUCAAGGAAAGCGGUGUGAAGGCGUUCUACAAAGGUAUCAUUCCACGUGUGAUGCGUGUUGCCUCGGGACAGUGCGUGGUGUUCCCGGUUUACGAGUUCUUCAAAGGGUUCCUGUACGACGUGACAGGCGUUUCUGGCAAGACCAAACUCAAGGACUAG